GCGACACCUAGGGACGAGUCAGAUUGCAAUUGAAACCUGAGCUCAGAAACAAAAAGAAAUGUCUCUCUUAGCCCGUGUCGCGUUUUAUCCGAGCCUUCUAUACAAUGUUCUCAUGGAAAAGAUGUCUAGUCGGAAAUGGUACAACAGAAUCGACGAGACGGUGAUUCUGGGGGUGCUUCCGUUCCGAGGAAUGAGCAGUAAGUUAGUAAAUGAGGAGAACGUCCACGGGGUGAUCACUAUGAAAGAAGAAUACGAGACCAGACGACUGUGUAACUCGGCAGAGCAGUGGAAAGCGAUGGGAGUAGAACAGCUGUGCCUGAGCACCGUGGACUUCCUGGGGGUCCCCAAGUUAGAGCACUUGCAGCAAGGAGUGGAGUUCAUUGACAAGCACAGGCAAAAAGGAAGCAGCGUGUAUAUUCAUUGUAAGGCAGGCCGGUCCCGUAGCGCUACCAUGGUCGCUGCCUAUUUAAUACAGAGGCACAAAUGGAAACCCGACGAGGCUGCUGCUUUUAUAGCAGAAAUCCGUCCUCACAUCCUGAUCUGAAACAACCAGCGCCAAAUGUUAGAGCGUUUCUACCAACUGGCGUUAACCUCCAGGGCACCGCAAACUGGAAGUUGAAUGUUAAACAGUGUGAUAUUUAUUUCUAUGCCUCUAGGCAUUAAACUUGCUGCAUCAAACUUCCAAUCAGGACGAAUGGGUACAGAUAAGA